UAGAAGGAGGCUAUCGAAAACAUUGUCACACCUACACAAUCUUAAGGCGUGACUAGGGUCUGUGUCGUCAGUGUUUUCCUCUCCUUCGUCGUUUGGAGGUGUUUUGUUAUCUCGCUUACGUUUGUGUAUUUGGUCUCCAACAGGGUGCGCACUUUGUAGUUGUUUCUAGGGCCAUUCUUUCCACUCUCGGUUAAAAAGACGGAGCUGUGGCGUUUUCUCUUCGCAGUUGGAGCAGCACGGGGUUCACAAUGGGAGAAAACAAGGACAGCGAGACUUUGGUUCACGUCAAUGAAAAAGUGACGGACGUCGCCCGAAAAGUCAUUGAAUCGCAGAACACAGACGACGCCUUCUUUGUUUGUGAUCUACGUGAAUUGGAAGGAAAGAUAAAGUUAUGGCGAGAGGAAAUGCCCCGUGUGACGCCAUUCUACGCUGUCAAGGCUUGCUCAGAUCCAGUUAUACUUCAAAUAUUGAAUGCCAAUGGGGUUAAUUUCGACUGCUCCAACAAGGCUGAAAUGAUGUCAGUGUUCGAUAUCGGCGUCACACCAAGUCGGAUCGUCUACGCCAACACCGUGAAGUGCACCUCUCAUCUGAGCUUCGCACAGCAAAAAGGCGUGACCCUCAUGACAUUCGAUUCAGCAGAAGAGUUGAAAAAAAUCGAAGACCCCAAUGCAAGGUUGCUGCUUCGCAUAGCUGCAAAUGAAUACGGAGUACAACAGUCCAUGAAUGCCAAAUAUGGUAUUCCAUCCCGAGAAGCCAGACGAAUUCUCUGCUCGGCUAGAGACAUGGAAAUGAAUGUCGUCGGUGUGUCAUUUCACGUUGGCUGCGCUUACAAGCAUCCCGAGAUAUUUGCCUUGACAAUUGCUGACGCCAGAGCUGUUUUCGACAUUGGCAUAGAGAUGGGUUUCGCAAUGACAGUUCUCGACAUCGGGGGAGGAUUUCCUGGUGGUGUUCGAAAGAAAGACCAUUUCCACAAGGUGUGCGAAGCCGUUCGAUCUUCCAUCGACCAGUUAUUCCCCCCCUCCUCCGGGGUCGAAAUCAUCGGCGAACCAGGGCAGUUUUUUGUCACCUCUGCAUACACUCUGCUAACCAAAGUGGUCGGCAAAAAAACGAAGGAGCUUGUGAUUGAUGGACUGGCCCACACACAUGAAAAUGUGUACAUAAAUGAAAGCAAAUACAAUGUCAUUCCUCGGGACCUUUACCAGUUUAUGGACAUUUGCUACCGUCCACUUGAUCCUCCGUAUGAGAGGCCUUCAGAGGUUCUCACCACUCUUUGGGGUGCUACCUGCAAUCCUAUGGACUGCAUUCUACGCAAGGUGCCGUUCUUCGAAGUCUUUGUGGAUGAGUGGCUACUAAUGGACAACAUGGGCGCCUACACGCUAGUACUGGCUUGUGGGUUCAACGGUUUUCCCAUGCCGGAGGUGCAUUACAUCUGCACGGCGAAGCUCGCUCUUCAAGUUCGUCGGACCAUCGAUGCGAUGGUGGUGCGAUCGGGCUACGGCCAUUUGCAACAAGCCGUGAAAUGGCACCGCAUGCGAAACAGUCUGUCACAUAAGGCUUGACUUCUUGCCUGCCCAACUCGGUGGGAAUAUUUCCCAGCAGUACUGUACCUCAUAGGCAUGCAUUUGUAACUUUACGGAUAUUUAUACUCACUUGAGCAGAGCACUGCGGUCACACGAAAUAGCAGUGACUUUUUUUAUUAUUCUAGCGCUAAGUUAGUGUCCUUUUCCUUCUUGUUAGUCGCGAAAAGUUAGGUACACGAUGGCAAUUACUUCGGAUGUUAUGUUCCAUCAGACAUGAGCAGCUGUUGCUUUUACAAGAUAAUGUAUAUUUCUCCUUACUAGGACCGAUGCGGCGAAGAUGUGACACAUAUGUCGCCCUACCGCACGGGCCGUAAAAACUUUUUUGCGAGCUCCGCAACCGACUGAAACCUUAUUUAAUGGCCAAAGCAGCCAAGGCACAAAUAGUUUUUGUUAGAAUGCACUACAUAAUUUUUGUUACCUGAGCUGAAAUUUUCACCCAUUUCAUUCAAAAAUACCAAGCCCUUGUGGCUUAGGUUGUCCGAUAAAUUAACUCGCCGAAGACAUACUACGCCUGUGCUGAAGUUUACUAUUGCGUUCAGGUACCUGAAAAAUUAUCCCCGAUCACCUUUCUCGUACGGUCGUUUUUAAUUUCAACUGUCACUUGCUUGUACCUUUCAGCAAUAAAACUGACUUUCUGUACCAGUU